UGGCGAAUCCUUCACCUCGCGCCUUCAUGCUUUAAACUCGAACCGAUUCCUUUCAACCUUUUGUGCCACUCAAGACCACCAUCGUCAGGACAUCUCAUCUCUCGUCAAGUCUUUCAUGGUUUCCAUUAGAUUUCUCCGACCUCGGCGACUUUCGCAAGCACUGUCGGGAACUUCAAACGCCUACUCUCUCUUUCACGCCCGCUUCACUCUCCGAGCACUUCGUCACUCCUCUGGCGACUGCCCUUCGCCGCAACCCGAUUCUUCACCAUCCUGUCAGCCUCAUUCUGUCGUCUCAUCGAUCUGUUCGAUGGUGUGCGAUGCUCAUCACAAGCAUGCCCAUGUGAGAGUGCGGCCUCCGCACCUCAGUCUUAACAUAGAUUGUGAUUCUCUGACUCAUGAGCAGGCCAUUACCGUCGUUGCCUCUCUGGCCAAUGAGGCUGGUUCGAUGGUGGCGUUGAGUUUCUUCUACUGGGCUAUCGGGACUGAUAAAUUUAGGCACUUUAUGAGGCUUUAUAUAGUUUGUGCCACGUCGUUGAUUGGUAAUGGUAACUUGGAGAGGGCCAAUGAAGUGAUGCAGCGUAUGGUCAAAAGCUUUGCUGAGAUUGGGAGGUUAAAGGAGGCUAUUAAUAUGGUACUUGAAAUGCAGAAUCAGGGUCUGGUGCCCACUACCCGCUUGAUGAAUUUUGUCAUGGAGGUCGCCAUUGAAAGGGGUUUUCUCGACUCUGCAGAGAACGUGUUUGAUUGUUUGUAUGAGAGAGGGGUUUUUCCUGAUCCUAACAGUUACAAGGUGAUGGUCAUUGCUUACUGUCGAAUGGGGAGUAUCCUUGAGGCAGAUACUUGGUUGAGUAAACUGAUUGGUAGAGAUUUCAUUGUUGAUAAUGCUACUCUUACCUUGAUCACCAACUCAUUUUGUGAGAAGGGGUUUAUGACUCGAGCUAUCUGGUAUUUCCGGAAGAUGGUUGAUAUGGGUUUGACGCCGAAUGUGUUAAAUUAUACCUCACUGAUCAAUGGGUUAUGCAAGAAAGGCAGCAUUAAGCAAGGAUUCGAGCUCCUGGAGGAAAUGGUUAGAAAAGGUUGGAAGCCAAAUGUGUAUACUCAUACGGCGUUGAUUGAUGGUCUCUGCAAGAAAGGUUGGAGUGAUAAGGCAUUUAGACUCUUCCUUAAGCUAGUCCGGAGUGAAAAUUAUAAACCGAACGUGUAUACAUACACUGCCAUGAUCAGUUGCUAUUGCAGAGAAAACAAGAUGAACCGUGCAGAGAUGUUAUUCAGCAGAAUGCAAGAACAGGGACUGAUUCCUAACACCAAUACAUACACGACUCUCAUCGAUGGCCAUUGUAAAGGUGGGGAUUUCGAAAGAGCAUAUGAGUUGAUGGGCAUAAUGACAGAUGUGGGCUUCAGCCCUAACAUCUGUACGUACAAUGUGCUUAUUGAUGGUCUUUGUAAGAGGGGUAGGUUUGAAGAGGCUUGUAAAAUGCUGAAAAAAUCUUUCCGAAGUGGAUUGGAAGCUGAUCUCUUCACAUAUAGUAUACUCAUAAACGAGCAGUGCAAGAGGGCGAGAAUUGAGCAAGCCCUAGCACUUCUAAGCAGGAUGAUUAAACUUUCUGUGCAACCUGAUAUACAAACAUACACCAUUAUGAUUUCUGCCUUGUGUAAGCAAAAGAGAAUGAAAGAAAGCGAAAAGAUUUUCGAAGAAGCAAUCAGGCUUGGCUUAGUUCCUACCAAAGAAACCUACACAUCCAUGAUUGGUGGAUUCUUUAGGGAUGGGAAUGCCAACUUAGCAAUAAAAUUUUUCCACAGGAUGAGUGACCAUGGAUGUCUCCCUGAUAGUAUCACUUACUGCGCUUUGAUCAGCGGACUUUGCAAAGAGUCCAGGUUGAAUGAGGCUCGUCGACUAUAUGACUUGAUGAUAGACAAGGGACUUUCCCCAUGCGAGGUUACUCGACUGACGUUGGCCUAUGAAUACUGCAAAAAAGAUGAAUCUGCUAAUGCAUUGCUGAUUUUGGAGAGAUUAGAAAAUAAACUUUGGAUCCGAACUGUGAAUACAUUAGUGAGGAAGCUUUGCAGUGAGAAAAAGGUGGGAAUGGCAGCACUGUUCUUUCAUAAAUUAACCGACAAGGAAACCAGAGUGGAUCGUGUAACAUUAGCUGCAUUUAUGACUGCUUGUUACGAAAGCAACAAAUAUGCUCUUCUUUCAGAUCUGACCAAAAGGAUCCAUGAAGGAAAUGGCUGCCACUCACAACUUAGUUGAUGGAUCAUCAUAAUUGCAAAGUUGAUCAACAGAAAGUGCAGAGAUGGCCUAGUACUCACAUUGAGAUGGGAGAAAACAAAAGAUGGUGACACACGUAUUGGAUGGGUUUUCCGUGCAAUUCCAAAGAACCUGGAGCAGAGCUUGAUUCUAUUAAUGGAGCAAGAAGUGUCAGACAACUGUAUGAGCUUACAAGUACAAACUACCGCAGAAAAUAAUCCCGUGCAUGUGGUCAUGUCAAAGUGGGAAAGAACAAAAGAUGGUGACGCAUAUAUUAGAUGGUUCUCCUGCUUCUAACUCUGAAGGACCUGGAGCAGAGGCUGAUCCUAUUAAUGGAGCAAAAACUGCCAGAGAACUGUAUGAGCUUGCAAAUACAAAGUACUGUAGAAGAUACUGGGUACCUGGUGAUAAUGUUGAAACCAAUGAGGUGGCUCUAGCAAAAAGGAGAUAAAAAGGGGCGACAAUAUUUUGGAGGCGAACUAGCAAGGAUAUUGUGCUGUACAAUGCACUUGGGGAGCUCAAGCAUUUUCUUGGCGGAAGAGAACAGGACCAAGACAACCAAUGCUUGACACUUUUAUGCAUGGGCCUAUACCUGCCCUGUCCUAUAGAAACUAGUAAACCAGGCCCAGAAUUUUGAAUGAGCUAUUAGGGAAGGAAGGCCGUCGCUAAUCCACAUCUUUAGGGACGACCCCUUUAGCCGUCCCCAAAAGGCUCCGCGAUGGGCUUCACAUAGCGGCCGUCGCUUCUCCUUUAGCAGUGAACGAACAGGCAACGACGGCCUACGGUCACCUUGCCCUUGCUCGUUAUCAUUAGGGGGCGGGUUUUUGGGCUUUUAGCGGUGGUUUUGCCCGUUGCCUGUUGUUCUUUUGUUAGCGAUGAAAAGCAACUUGAUUGUC